AUGCACACCCUAACGCGCUCUCUCAUGCGCUCUCUCACGCGUUCUCUCGCGCGCUCCCUCACGCCCUCUCCUGCGCUCUCUCACACGCUCUCUAAUGCGCACCGUCAUGCGCUCUCAUGCGCUCUCUCAUGCGCACCCUCGCGCGCUCCCUCACACGCUCUCUCACGCACUCUCUCACGUGCUCUCUCACGCCCUCUCUCACGCGUUCUCUCGCACGCUCUCUCGCGCACUCUCUCGCACGCUCUCUCGCGCGCUCUCUCCUGCGCUCUCUCCUUCGCUCUCUCCUGCGCGUUCGCUCCCGUGCACACGCUCUCCCUCGCACUUGAAAACAACCCGCGCUGGCGCACCUACCCGCGAUCCGCGCACCAACCCACGCUUGCGCUCGUGCACCCGUCGCCGGAGGCGAUGGCGGGGAGGGAAAGAGAGGCGACGGCGGGGAGGGAAGGAGAGGCAACAGCGGGGAGGGAAGGAGAGGCGACGGCGGGGAGGGAAGGAGAGGCGACGGCAGGGAGCAAAGGAGAGGCGACGGGAAGGAGAGGCGACGACAGGGAGAGAAGGAGAGGCGACGGCGGGGAGGAGGGAGAGGCGACGGCGGAGAGGGGGGAGAGGCGACGGCGGAGAGGAGGGAGAGGGGACGGCGUGUGA